GUCAAGUGCAUCUAACAUCCUACACUUAUAGACAGUAGUAGAAGCUGGGCACGAUGUCUGGACCACCAACGUAUGAAGCAGCGACUGCCGAUCGACAUCAGCCCCAGCUAGCAGUGACAAAUCCGCAAGGUCAAACCACAUCUCCUGCCGCUGCAGCCAAUACAUCCGGGAAUGAUCAUGAUCUCUCGAGGGUCCGAUCGAAUGAUACGGUAUCGAGUGUCGGUUCGACAUUCGUCGAUCAGAUAGGCGAAGACGGCAGAAGAAGUAUGGAUGAUGAGAGAAGGGACUUGCCUCCAGGAUGGGUCAGGUGUUUCGAUCCGAAGACAGAACAUCAUUUCUAUGUGGAGGAAGCCACACGUCGAAGUAUCUGGGUACAUCCAUAUGAUGAUCCGACGUACUUGGAAUCAUUACCCGAUGAUCAUCCCGCCAAUCCAAACUCGCCAGAAGCUCAAAGACUUCGAGAGCGUGCGGAAGAAGAGAGAAAGACUGAAGAAUUUUUACGGGCUGAACGAGAGGGUCAGCAAGGUGAUCACUCGAGGACAGCAGCAAAUGAGGCUUCAGAGCGCGGGACUCCCCAAGGCGCUGAUAAGGACGCGCACAGGAAUUGGUUUCAGAGGCAAAAGGAUCAUCUCAUCGGUACUAAGGAGGAGAGGCAAAAGGCCAAAGAGGAGAGGCAGAGGAUCAAGGCAGAGCAGAAGCGAAAGGCAAAGGAGGAGCAGGUUGAGUACAUGAAACGACGACAAGAGCUGCUCAAGAGGCAAAUGAACGACCCAACGAUUCGUCGCUACUAUGCCUCGGACCCAUAUAGCUAUUCGGCCCCUUCAAUGGCAUACUCUCGAGCGUAUGGCAGUCCGUUCGGAUACGGCUACGGAGGAGGUUACGGCCGAAGACGAUAUGGCUAUGGGGGCUAUGGGGGAUAUGGACUAGGUAUGCCGAUGGCAGCGGGUCUCGGAGGGUUCGGAGGCGGUCUCUUACUCGGAGAGGCCAUGGGAGGUGAGCAACGGUGACGGAAGAAAGGGGCUUCUACUGAUAUCUUGGCUUAGGUGGUUUUGGUGGUAUGGGGGGCAUGGGUAUGGGUAUGGGCGGCGGCGGCGGAGGUGGAGGUUUUGAUAGUAGUGCAGCUGGGGCAAUGGGCGGGGGCAUCGGCGGGGCAAUGUAGUGUCAGAAGCGGAUCUGUGACUUGACUGGUCGACUCUUGUUCUUAUAGUUUUGUUUUUGAGUGAAUCGAAUAUCACAUCUUUCGGUCGGUGUUUUCCUAUGCAAGUUGCCUCUCC